AAAAAGGGGAGAAGGGAAGGGAGAACAGAGGAAAACUUCGGACCUUACAUAAAAGUGAAAAAAGAAAAACAGAGUCCCUCACUUUUCUUCUCUCUGUUCUUCUUUUUCUUUUUCCUUUUACCCUUUUUUUUCCACUCUCAGUUCAUUUCUGUUCUGUUCAGGGAGCAUUCACAAAUACCCACUUCCAAAAUCAACCUAUUACAGGCUUUGUUUCUGUUUCCACUCCUAAAACUUUCUUUAACUCAAUCGGGUCAUAUCAAGGAACACAAAUGGAGGGUUUGAUUAUGAAUCAUGAAAUGAAGCCGCUAUCUAAGUUCAGGAGGAUUUGUGUGUUCUGUGGUAGUAGUCAAGGCAAAAAGAGAAGCUACCAGGACUCCGCCAUUGAACUUGGCAAGGAAUUGGUUUCGAGGAACAUUGAUCUGGUCUACGGUGGGGGCAGCAUUGGCCUGAUGGGUUUAGUUUCACAAGCUGUUCAUGAUGGCGGUCGGCAUGUCAUUGGAGUUAUACCCAAGACACUCAUGCCUCGAGAGUUGACUGGUGAAACUGUAGGGGAGGUGAAGGCAGUGGCAGAUAUGCAUCAAAGGAAGGCAGAGAUGGCAAAGCAUUCAGAUGCUUUUAUUGCCUUGCCAGGUGGCUAUGGGACUCUAGAAGAACUACUUGAAGUCAUAACCUGGGCUCAACUGGGAAUUCAUGACAAGCCAGUGGGACUGUUGAAUGUUGAUGGAUACUACAAUUCACUACUAUCUUUUAUUGAUAAAGCUGUCGAGGAAGGAUUUAUCAGUCCAAGUGCGCGCCAAAUUAUCGUAUCAGCGCCAACGGCAAAGGAGUUAAUGAAGAAGUUAGAGGAGUAUGUGCCUUGCCAUGAAAGAGUUGCUUCACAGCUGAGUUGGGAAAUAGAGCAGCUUGGUUACCCUCAAAAUUGUGAUAUCUCCAGGUGAUUAUUUCUGAAGAGAUAGUGGGUGAAGGAAUUUUUGCAAAUGGAGGAGGCUACUACGAAAUUAUAUCGCUAUUAUUUCCUAUUUUGUGGAGGAAUUUUCCCCCCCUUUUUUUUUUGUAAAUUACUCCAUUCAAUGUCAAUUUAUGAAAUAGCCUCUACAUUUAAUUGUUGAAACUUCUCAUAUCCUUGAAAAGUUGUAAGUAUAGGAUUCUCUGAUGAAAAUUUACCAUCUUCUGUGCAACUUAUAUAUAUAUAUAUUUCGUGGCUUGUGUUGGUA